AUGGACUCCAAGUACAAGCUGUUCAAAGGCAAUGGGCAGACAGUGGUUGACCUGGUUGCUGUGGAAAGGACGAGACCGCAUGGCCGGGUCAUUGGUAUCGACCUCAUCCCAGCCCAACCGCCUCGUGGUGUAGCUACAUUUCAGGGCGAUUUUCUUUCGCCAGUUGUCCAGGAGAUGGUCAAAAACUUCAUUCUUGAAAGCCAUCAGAACCCAUCUAUUGGUCAGGAAACUGUGGAAUCCGACAGCUCUGUCGCAGAAGAAGGCAUCACGGUCGACCGCCCUAGCUAUCUCGAUAUGGAACGACACACGGGGCAAAACGAGCCACCAGCAUCUGGACUAGAAGGAUCAAGCAAGCGCAUCGUCGAUGUUUGUCGAUUCCCUCUUUCUAGAAAACCUUUCAAGAUGCUGAUGCUCUAG